AAAAGAUCUAAAGAAUGCUUAAUUUCAUGUAAACGGUGUGCAUGUCUGUCAUCUUCACUAUUUGCUAUACGAACGAUACUCACUCGAGUAAGUUCAUUUCCGUAUAUAAACACGAUCAUUGAAGCAAAGUAUUGAAAUAUGGGUCGUAGAAAGUCGUUAAGAAGCCAAAUUUUAAUUCGUCAUUUACCUCAAGAAGAAGCUGACUCUAAUGAUGAAUCAGAUAGCAGCGACAUUGAUGAAGAACAGACACAUGGUAUAUGGACUGAGAAACCAUUUCAAACUGAGGCAGGACGAUCUUAUUACCGGAAAUUACAAAAAGAUGGAAUUAUUUAUCGAUUAGGAGAUGACAUUACUGUAAAUGAUGGUGAUUCUAGCUUUUAUGUUGGUGUUAUUACAGAGUUAUAUGACAAAGCGACCACUAAACAUUCAGGAGAGAAGUACUAUGAAGCUAUCUGGUAUAGCAGAGCAGUCGCAAAACGCAUGGAAAUUAAACCAGAGUAUCUGUUACCAGACCGGCAUGUGAAUGAAGUUUACCUGUCGUGCGGACGAGAUGAAAAUCCGACGUCGAGCAUUAUAGAGCAUUGCAAUAUUUACUCUAAAGAAGAGUUCUUUAAAAGAUUUCCACAAGGAAUUCCACCGAAAAAAAAGGACGACUUUGCUCGGAAUUUCUUUGUCGAUAGAGGAGUUCAUUUGAAGGUAAACAAGUAUACCGAACCCCUCAAUUGGUCCGAAUAUUCUCAUAACUUAGAUAAAAUAGAAGACUUGCUUGUUGAGAUGGAAGAAACUCUUAGAUUACCAAAGAAGAAGACGAACGCAAGAGGAAGAGGUAGGGGUCGUCCAAAGAAAAGAUCUGAAGAAAAAAAUUUAGAAGAUAAUGAUGACUUUGAUUUAAUGAAGGAAGAAGAAGAAACUCAAUCUUCUGAUGAUGCUGCCUCCAUAAUACCUUCGUCUGAAGAGGAGUAUGAAGCACCCAGAACUCCAAGACGAAGAAUUAAGCGGCCUAGAACCGCACCAGGUAGUGCCAUGUCUACACCAAGAAGAACUGGCUACAAACAACCUUUACAAAUUACCCCCCUUCCAGUACGAAUGUUGUCCAUGAAAGAAUUCCAAAACUCCCCUCAUCGAAAAGCGAGAGCUAUGCUACAUGUUUCAGCAAUCCCUAACACUCUUCAAUGUAGAGAUAAUGAAUUUACUACCAUCUUUACUAAUCUGGAAAGUGCAAUUGAAGAAGAAACCGGUGGAUGUUUAUACAUAUCUGGAACGCCAGGAACUGGAAAAACUGCUACUGUACAUGAGGUUGUAUGGAACUUACAAGAAAUGGCCAGAGAAGGGCAGCUAGCAGAAUUCACAUUCUGUGAGAUAAACGGAAUGAAGGUCACAAAUGCAAAUCAAGCAUAUUCAUCAUUAUGGGAAUCUCUAACUGGCGAACGGGUAACACCUCUUCAUGCUAUGGAACUAUUAGAUAAUCGUUUUAAUCACCCAUCACCAAAUCGAUGUUCUUGCGUUGUUUUGAUGGAUGAGUUAGAUCAACUGGUAACAAAUAACCAAAAGGUGUUAUAUAACUUUUUUAAUUGGCCUUCUCUUCCUCAUUCACGGCUCAUUGUUAUUGCUGUAGCUAAUACUAUGGAUCUUCCUGAACGAAUUUUGUCGAAUCGCAUAUCCUCCCGUUUAGGUCUUUCAAGAGUGCCGUUCGAACCUUAUACCCAUAAUCAGCUAGAGACUAUUAUAGCUUCCCGUCUGGAGGAAGUAAAAGAUGAAAACCUAUUUUCUUCUGAUGCUAUUCGAUUUGCUGCAAGAAAAGUGGCUGCUGUCAGUGGAGAUGCCCGUCGAGCUCUGGAUAUCUGUCGAAGGUCCUCAGAACUGGCAGAAAGUACAAAUGGGAAAGUCACUCCUAUGUUAAUUCAUCAAGCUAUAACGGAAAUGACUGCUUCUCCGCUCCAACGAGUCUUACGUGAUUUAUCGUUCAUGCAAAAGGUGUUUCUAUGUGCCAUUGUCAAUCGUAUGCGUCGUUCUGGUUUCGCGGAAUCCUACGUCUAUGAAGUGGUUGAAGAAGUAGAUCGUUUGAUAAAAUCCAUGACUACCACAGAUGCAGCCGAGUUUGGUCAACUUUUACAGCGCCGCCCGGAAUUUCACUAUAUUCUAAGCAGCCUAGGUGAAACAGGCAUUUUAUACCUCGAAAAUAAAAGCAGUAGAAAUGCUCGUGUUCGUCUUGCAAUAGCAGACGAUGAGAUAAAGCUUGCUUUCAAUGGAGACACAGAACUUCAAGGUAUAGCAUGACAGUUCAUGCUUGGAUUUUAUUUGUAUAUUACGCAAAGAUGGUUUUAGGUAUUUAUAUAAGGUAAAUGAAUGAGAAGAAUUACUGUUGCAACAAUGGUACUGAGUCAGUACGGAUAAUUUUAUGUUUUAUUAUAUUUGAUAAAUAGAGAUAUGUAUAAAUAUACAUAUACAUAUAUAUUAUUACAACGGAUCCUCUGAGUAUACUAAGUUGC